UAGUAUUUAUCAUAUUAAUUUACAUGCACGUGUAGCUUUGAAAUCCAUCAAAAUCAUUUAAAACACAAACAAUUGAAAAUUCUUAUAAAUUCAAUUUCGCUUUAGACAGUACAUUGAUCGAAUAACAAAACCAGUUUAGGCAAACAGAAUAUGGAGGAAUAUUCGCGUGAACCUUGCCCGUAUCGUAUUGUGGAUGACUCUGGAGGUGCCUUUGCUAUGGGCUCCAUCGGCGGCGGCAUCUUUCAGGCGCUCAAGGGCUUUAGAAAUGCGCCACAGGGCCUGAGUCGCCGCCUUAUGGGCAGCAUGAUGGCUGUGAAGGCGCGCUCGCCAGUGAUAGCCGGCAAUUUUGCUGCCUGGGGUGGCAUGUUCAGUACCAUUGACUGCACCCUGGUGCACUUUCGAAAGAAGGAGGACCCGUGGAACUCUAUUAUCAGUGGAGCUGCCACAGGUGGCAUUCUGGCGGCACGUAAUGGCCUGGCCUCAAUGGCAGGCAGCGCCAUCAUUGGCGGCAUCUUGCUCUCCUUAAUUGAGGGCGUCGGCAUACUUCUAACCCGCAUCUCGGCCGAGCAAUUCCGCAAUCCAGCGCCACCCAUUGAUCCACAAGACGCCAGUGUUAAUGCAUUUGAUUCGGAUCCAGCAAAAGGAUUUGGGUUUGGCACGCGAACAGCGAAUGUUAAUUCCUAAAUUAAAUUUGUUGACAGUUUUUUAACUUAGCCAUCAAUUAUGACUCUGAUAUGUGGCUAAGUCUGAGCAAAAUUUUUUUUAUGGUUUUGAGACCAUCUGGCUAAUCGAAAAAUACAUGAUGAAGUACUCGUCAGAUAAAAUUGAA